UAGAUGACAUUGCUUCUAUGUAACGCAUCUGGAUCAUCAGGACAUUACGGCAUUCUGUACGUUUAAUUAGAUAACAUAGAAAAUGUUAAAUCAUAUUAUUGAAGGUAGCCUAUGAAUUACUGACUGAAGCAGGUGCGGCAUUUUUUCUGCACGUGGUUCAACACGGGGUUAUCAUUUUUUUUUAGGAUUUCUAACAUCUUCUUGCCUCCAUACUACCAUUAUGAAAUAUGAGUAUGCUGGAAAUGUUUGUGUGAAUGAACCUGUAACAGCCGUUACAGGCUGCUACUGUUACUAUGACUUCUGUCAUAAAGUGGCAGAAGUCAUAAUAAGCCUGAGUGACAGCCCCCUGCCACCCAUCUAAUUCUAAUUCUGGCACAAGGCUGAACGUGGCUGAUGCAAGGUGGAAUUACAGCGGUGGCCGCAUCUGCUGCAGUGUGGAGCUGCAACAAGUUUAUUAUGCUUUGAGGGGGGGAAAGGAGAGAGAGAGAGAGAGAGAGAGAGAGAGAGAGAGAGAGAGAGACACUUCAGAGGACUAAGGUUAAGGGUGUGAUCAAAUAGAUACCCUCUGGGAGUAAGGAGAAGUGACAGCUGCCAGUAACUGCAUUAAGCUCAGCAGAAAUAGAGUGUGUGUGUGUGUGUGUGCAUGUGUUUGUGUGUGCUGUAGGGAAAGUAAAUCGUCAGGAUGGAUCUGGCCAAACUUGCAGUGUCCUUCCACAUUCUUCUGUGUUCUGCGUGGGCCCGUCACUCUUACAUGGACAGCGUCCUCUCAGCCCGCUCAGCUCUCAGGUUUCUGGAAGAGCCGUUAACGUUUGACCCCUGUUGUCUCAUGUCACCGCCUCCCCCGCCGCUCUUCCCUCCGCCACCUCACCAGUGGAAGCGGGGCGUUACCAAGGAUGGUAUUGGCAUGUUAGAGCCAAGUGUUUCUGGAAGAGAAGUACAGGAAAAACAAAAAACUGUGAUACCUGGGUGUUUACCUGGACCUCCAGGACCCAGGGGCCCAGAGGGUCACAAUGGAUUACCCGGCAUAAGAGGACCAAAAGGGGAGAAGGGAGAAAUUGGACGUCCAGGGUCAAAGGGUCGUACAGGAGCUCCAGGUCUCCCAGGGAAACCAGGGCUACCAGGAUGGCGUGGUCCAGAGGGACCCCAGGGUGAGAAAGGGGACCCAGGACUCAUGGGAUUACCAGGACUGAGGGGACCACCAGGGCCAAAGGGUUUGCCCGGUUAUAAAGGAGAUAAGGGCAGCUAUGGUGACCCUGGAGCAGCAGGACCAAAAGGCGAUAAGGGUUCCAUUGGUUUGCCUGGGAUGCUUGGACAGAAGGGUGAGCAGGGACCAAAGGGAGAGCCAGGAGUCGUAGGGAAAAGAGGGCCUACUGGACGGCCUGGGAAGAGAGGCAAACAGGGCAUGAAGGGCCACACUGGAGCCCCAGGAGUCAUGGGCCCCCAAGGACCCCCAGGUCCAAACGGCCAUCCAGGGCCACCUGGUCCACCCGCCUCAGGUCUCUAUCUAGUCGGGGAAAAGGGAGAGAAGGGUCCUCCAGGUCCAGCAGGUCGCUGUGACUGUGAUUCCACUCUUGGUGCAAAUAAUGCUCCUUUUGGAAGCUACACUCAACGGGGCGGCCUCAAUAAAGUCCCUGCAAUAUUUGUGGUAAACGGUGAGGAGGAGAUGGACCGUGUACGUCUAGACAAUGCAAUAGCAUUCAGGAAGGAUCAGAGGUUGCUCUACUUCAAAGAUAAAGAGGGAUGGAAGCCCAUACAGCCCUUCCAGCCCUUCCAGUCCACAGAAAAAGUCCCGGACAGAGUCGGUGUGUGUGGGGACGGAAAGGUGCAGGCCCAGCACGGAGAGGAGUGUGAUGAUGGAAACCAGAUUGUCACCGAUGCUUGUCUCAACUGUAAGUGGGCCUACUGCGGAGAUGGCUACCAACAUGACGGCAUUGAGGAGUGUGAUGGAAAGGACUUUGGUUAUCAGACCUGCAAAUCCUAUCUUCCUGGGUCCUUUGGGCAGCUCAGAUGCACCGAAUCUUGCCUCAUUGAUUCCACUGGUUGCAAGUAUUUCACCUGAACUAGAAAUAUUGCAACUUUGCAGUUGCUCUUUGUGAUCACUGGGGUUACAUUUCAGAGUCUUGCCCCUUAAAAAAAUCACUGGCUGCUCUGAGCCAUGAGAAGUCACGGGAGUCAGCUUUGAAUCGACUGUCUCUCCCCUGGAGGUUUAAUUCUAUCACUGGCCUCAGGGAGCAGCUUCCUGUUACUGUUACUACAUCGGCUCCAGCACUGUUAUGGACACAGGUGAUGCUGUGGAACAUUUUAAUGAUUUAAUGAUUGUAUCAUAUGAAAUAGUUACAAUGUGUAUGACUUGCUGACUGUUAAUGCAAAAAUAAGCUGUAUUCUGAACUUCUUUUGUAAGAAAAAAAAAGCCUUUUUUUACAAAAGAGGCACUUAUGUUAUUGAUACUAUAUAUACUGUAGUAUGCAAAUCAGGAUUGUGUAAAUGUAUUUAUUCCUGUGCAAUGUUUUAGAAAAAUAUGUAUUUAUGAAAAGCAAUGCUGUGAUAUUGCAUGUAAAUAUGUACCAGAACACAGCGGACUGCUUUACCCCGUGCUGUAAACGUACUAGUCAAAGUGUGGCCCUCUUGAACGAAUGUCAUACUGCAACAAGAAUACCUGUGGUUAUUGCAGCAGCAUGAAGAAACUGAUCAGUUACAAAAUGACUAUGAAAUGAAUUUAGUCAAAUUUGAUUAGUGGAUAAUCUACCUGCAUGACUGUAAUGUUCAUUAAACACUGUACGCUAAUAAAAGACAUCAGGCCAA